GAAAUCUGUUAUCACCGGAUUCAAAUAAUAACGCUGCUACGAAUGUCGCGGCUGGAUUAGAAGGUAAAUAUACGCUUCGUAAUUUAGAAGAACGUCGGUAUGAGUUUUAGUUACGAUGUAAAAAAAAACGUGAUUCACCGUCGUAACAGAAUAAUGUCAACUGAGGAAGGUGGAGAAUGUAAAAACACUCAACCAGUGGCCAUGUCGAAUGAAAGAAUGUCCACUGACAAAAGUGUUAAAAACCAGGGUCCUUGUGGUACAGGAGUCGAGGUGACGGGCAGCACUGCAGACUCCAGUACGACGGCUAAAAACCUGGCUUUGCUUAAAGCUCAUUCUCUGGAUGUGAAGUUUGACGUUGGAGAAGAGUAUGACAUCAUAGAAACCAUCGGGACCGGAGCCUACGGCGUCGUUUCUUCUGCUAGGAGACGUGACAAUGGUCAUCAAGUUGCAAUAAAGAAGAUCUCAAACGCUUUUGAGGUGGUAACAAAUGCCAAACGCACAUUGCGUGAGCUGAAGAUUUUGAAGCACUUCAAACACGACAACAUUAUUGGCAUCAAGGAUAUCCUGCAGCCCAACCUUCCUCAGUCUGCCUUCAAGUCUGUGUAUGUGGUCCUGGAUCUCAUGGAGAGCGAUUUACACCAGAUCAUCCAUUCUGUCCAGCCACUUACCCCAGAGCACACACGCUACUUCCUGUACCAGCUGCUCCGUGGCCUUAAGUACGUGCACUCUGCCAACGUCAUCCAUCGUGACCUCAAACCCUCCAACCUGUUGGUAAAUGAGAACUGUGAGCUAAAAAUCGGUGACUUUGGAAUGGCGAGAGGUCUCAGUUCACACCCUGAGGAAUCUCAUUCUUUUAUGACUGAAUAUGUGGCAACACGAUGGUACCGUGCACCUGAACUCCUGCUGUCCCUGAAUCACUACAGUCUAGCUAUUGACUUGUGGUCCGUGGGCUGCAUCUUUGCUGAAAUGUUGGGGCGUAAACAGCUUUUUCCCGGCAAGCACUACGUCCACCAGCUGCAGCUCAUUCUGUCAGUGUUGGGUACUCCCCCUGACGCUUUAAUUGGUGCUAUUAGAGCUGAGAGGGUGCGCUCCUACGUACAGAGUCUUCCAUCAAGGUCCGCUGUGCCCUUGGCCAAACUAUAUCCGCAGGCCGAGCCAGAGGCUUUGGACCUGCUGGACGCCAUGUUGCGCUUUGACCCUCGUGAACGAAUUAGCGUGACACAAGCAUUGGAGCACCCCUACUUGGCCAAGUACCACGACCCAGACGAUGAGCCAAUUUGCGUGCCAGCAUUCGACUUUGAAUUUGACAAGCUGCCAAUGAACAAGGAACAAAUUAAAGAGGCUAUUCUGAUUGAGAUCCAAGACUUUCACCGAAAUAAACAGAGCUGCCGUCAAAGACUCCAGUUCAGGCCUUUGGUGAGAACAAACGGAGGAGUUGGUGCACAAAGCAAUAAACAAUGCAGCGCUCAAAUAUCAGCUGCCAAACUGACUACAUCUGCACUGGUUCCUAUGGAACAACUUGCCCAGACAACACAGAUGCAACCACAGCAAAUGAUAGAUCUUAAAUCUUCACAGCAACAAGACUGUAGAAUCCACACACCAGCAGAAGGGAGUCACGAGUUUACAAAUCAGAUUAAUAAGCAACCCGGGUCGCUUUUAGACACAACGCCACAGCAUGUGACGCAUAGUUUGCCUCUGCUUACUAAAAGCGAAAGUGGUCCAGUUGACGUGGACAUGCCCAGUGCCAACUCAGACAGCGGUCAGCCAGAAACGAUAGACUUAACAACGCCAGUGUCCAGUCAGGACACACCGUCAGAGGCAAUGAGACACAAUGAGGCUCAAGAGCAGCUACCCAGCAGUCAGGCUCCUCUGACUCAGCCCACUCAAAGCCAGUCAAUGACCCUGGAUCCUACCGCCAUUCCUGCAACGCCAGCACACACCAUGACACCUCUACCUACCACUGUGCCUUCCCUUUCUCUGUCCCUGGCCCAAGCACAAUCACUGUCUCAGUCCCUCUCUCAGUCACUGUUGAAGAAUGCGAGGCCUCCCACAGGAGUGGGGGAGGCAACCAGGAAAGAAGGAGCGAUUUCAGAGGAUACAAAAGCUGCACUUAAAGCAGCUUUACUCAAAUCAGCCAUCAGAAAUAAAGGCAGGGGUGAUGCAGGUGCCUGCAUGGAUGCUGGCGCAGGAGGAACCGUGCUGUCGUCCGUGUCUUCUUUUCCAGAAACGCGGCGGCCUGUCACUGCCCAAGAGCGUCAGAGAGAGAGAGAGGAGAAAAGAAGGAAGAGGCAGGAACGAGCACGAGAGCGGGAGAGGAAGAUGAAGGAAAAAGAGAGGAGAGAGGGGAAGCAAGGGGACUCGCUGGGCGGCGUUCUGCUCAGCGACAAUGACAAAAGCCUUUUGCAACGUUGGACGAAGAUGGUGGACAGUCGCAAUGAGAAACCUCAGGCUCUUAAUGAUGGAGUAAAAAGUAAGGAUGGUAACGUGAACUUGCAUCAUAGUGUAGCUAUCGGCGAAAACGCUCAAGGAGCCGAGAGCAAUAAAGUGGACAAAGAGCUAAUAAAGAUUCAUUCUCACGAACAGUUAAUCCCUCAAGUUAAACCGAACCAGCCUGGCCUCUUCCACCCUUCCAGCACACAGCAACCAGCUUUACUUUUCUCCAUGAGCCCGAGGAAAGCGUUAGCAGAUAUAGUCGUUACAGUCAGCGGAGGAGUAGAUAUGACUGUCGCCAGCAGCUUUGUUAAGAACAAAGCUGCUGAGAGUGAUGCACAAAGUGGUUUUAACUGUUUGGGGAACUGGACUGGGCAGCACGUAGAGGCGGCACCAACGCAUCAACCACAACCAACCGUGCAGCAGCAACCCCCACUAUCAAACUUUCUUCACCCCCAGCUCCAAGCUCAACGCCAACCCCAACCUGAACCCCCACCUCAGUCGCAGCUGCUCCCCCUGGAGAGCUUUUUGAGUAAAGCCUCAACCCUUGCAGCCAGAGAGAUUAAUGGUAAUGUGGAUGUCAUAGGCCAGAAUAGUUUAACCUCCCAUCCGAACCUCUCAACGCCAAGUUGCGGACCUACUGAGAAGGUGUGUCCAAACGUAAGAGAGAAAUCGGCACAACCGACAACAAACCCUCUUUGUGGGGCUCUAGGAGUCUCCUCUCAGCCACAUCCCAGUUUAGGAUUCACAGAUACUGGACAACUGGGGACGUCUGUUGCCCCCGACAUCCACACAGUAACCCUGCAGCUCUCAAAGUCCCAGGUCGAAGAUGUUUUACCGCCAAUGUUCUCAGUCACUCCCAAAGGCAGCGGGGCUGGCUACGGUGUGGGCUUCGACCUGGAUGACCUUCUAAACCAAUCGUUCACAGACCUGCAACACUGUGACCGAGAGAGUUUCGACUCAGCCCCCCUGUCCGCCUCCCUGCUAUCUGAUUGGAUCGAGGUUCACCGCAUGACUCAAGCUGAUCUGGAAUCUCUGCAGCAGGAGUUACAGCUCGGCUCUCCCAUGAUCCUCUCUGAUACUGGUCCCCCUGACAACUGACUGGCUUUUUCAUGGACUUAAA